AUGCAUUACGAGUCCCUCAAUCAGCCUCCACCGACAGGAUUGGGCGACGACAUUGAGGCAAUCCGCAAAGUUGUCAUUGCCGAGCUCAAUGCAGGCCCAACCGUCAACGUGGCCCUGCUCACACACUCAUACCCCUCCGUCCCUGGCUCCCCAGCUAUCAAAUCACUAGACAAACACUCUCGCCUAAACGCGAGCCAUUCGAACGGCAUUGUGUUCUUCCUCGUGAUCUCCGGCCUCCAGAUCCCCGCCGGCACCACUCCUUUCGCCUGGGGUGGCAGCGUCACAUCUCCGACCAUGACUCUCGAAGACUAG